UCUUCCACUUUCAGACGCUGCCCACAGGCCACAGCGCAGAGCGGCGGUGCUAGGGCUGGCCAUGGAGAUGGGGUCGGACGGUCCUAGGGCCAAGCGUAUGCACCUAGCUGCACCGGGGAUCCACGAAGAGGCACCACCGCCGCCGGCGGCGACUGCAGAAGCAACAGAUCUGGAACCCAAGGUCGUGGAGCAGAAGAGCGGAGAACCACCGCCCAGAGCGGAGAAAGAUGAAGAACAAUUGCUGGACCGCAUCAGCAGCGUCUCCGACCAUAUCCUCGGUGAGAUCAUCUCCCUCCUCCCUCUCAAGGAAGGCGCCCGUACCCAGGUUCUCUCGUCCAAGUGGCGCCAUCUCUGGCGCCACGCCCCUCUCAAUCUCGACUUCCGUGGCCUUCCCGCCUCCGACAACGUGUUGUCGACGUCGCGAUGUGUCCUCGUGAGCGAAAUCCUCGCCGCCCACCUGGGCUCCGGCCGCCGCCUCUGCCUCCCCGGUAGCCACAUCCAGUGCCGAGCCGAUGCGCUGGACGCCUGGCUCCGCUCCCCCGCCCUCGACAACCUCCAGGAGCUCGAGUUCUACUUCUACGGCAGAAGGUACUGCGCUCCGGAUCUGGUGGUAAACCUGCUGCUACCGCCGCCGGCGUCCAUCUUCCGGUUCUCGUCCACUCUCCGGGUUGCAAUUAUCAGCAACUGCUAUCUCACGGACGACGCCGUCGAAACGCUUCGCUUCAAACAGCUCAGGAGGCUCGCGCUCGUACAUGUCAAGAUCUCGGAGGUCUCACUGCACAAGAUUAUCUCUGUGAGCUGUCCUGGCCUGGAGUGCUUGCUGCUUAGUACCAUUUCGGGCGUCCGCUGUCACCGGAUAAACUCCCCUACCCUUAGAAGCAUUGGCAUUUGUUCUAGCUCAGAUGAACUCAUCAUCGAGGACGCCCCGUCGCUUGAAAGGCUGCUCUAUCCUGAAAUGAAUAAGCGGAUGAAAACUACGGUUAUCUGCGCGCCUAAACUUGAGACUCUGGGCUGCAUUCCUGAAAAAUAUACCAAAUCCAGAAUCGUGUUUGGCUCCACAGUUAUCCAGGUGGGGUUGCGCAUUGAUAACCUGGCAACGGUGGUGCGCACUGUCAAGAUCUUGGCCAUCCAUAUGACAUUUUCUGACCAGGAUAUGGUUAUUGACUUCAUGAGAUUCUUUCCAUGCUUGGAAAAGUUGUAUGCCAAGGAGACGAAUGCGCCAUGCGAACAAAAGAGACGGAACCGUAAAAAUUGGAAUCUUCUCACAUCUCUCGAUAUCCGUUUGAGGACAAUAGUGCUGAGAUGUUACCGCAGAACCCACUUCCAAGUUAACUUCGCCGCAUUCUUCGUGCUGAACGCGAGAAUGCUUAAGUCAAUGAGGCUCGAGGUCGAAUCAUGCAAUUACAACGAGCACUUUUUCGCAGAACAACAUGAGAUUCUGCAGAUGGAGAAGAGGGCAUCUAGACAUGCUCGGCUUUGCUUUGCAACAUACUGUCACCAUGAAGUUUCAGGUACCAUGCAUCUCGAUGAUUUGGACUCUACCGACCCCUUCGCUUGUGGAUGUUGAAGAAUUGGUUUUCGCGAUUGUGGAGCGAGAUACUCUUGCCUUUCUUGUUUCCUGUUUUGGCGAAAGUUGCCCAUUAGCUGUCGUGUGUGUAGUGUUUCUAAGCAUGUAUUAUAUCAGACUCUUCUGAUGUUCAAAAUAAGCUACUUGUGGUCCGUGCACAAUCGCACUGAAUAUUUCAGGAAUAAACAGACAAUGGCCGGUGUUGGCUGUACUUACACAAGAAACUUCUUGUGGUUCUUAUUUUGAUGUUCCAGCAGAGCA